AUGAGGAGCGCUGGAGUGAGGGGCCAGGGCCCCCCUCCAGUCCUGGUGGGGGCGGAGGGUCCCGCGACCAGGGGCACAGCGGGCCCCGUGUCUGGCGCUGGCGGGCGCGCCGCUCGCGAGGCUGCCGUCAUCGGCAAGGCACCGCUGGUCGGCAGGGCAGGAGGCCAGCAGCUUCGAGCUGGCCUAGUCAUGCUCGGCUGCAAUGGCAACACUUGGAGCAGGAGCAUGGAAGCCCUCGAGGCCUUCUUCAAGGCGUACGACUACUGGCCCGACGUAGUGGCGCUGCAGGAGACGAGGCUCCCGCAUGAGCGCCUGCCCAGUGCGGCGGCGCAGGCUCGCGGCCUGGGUUACGCUGCCUUCCUCCACGAGGCGGUGCCGACGGAGAAGCAGGGGCCCCAGGCGACCUCAGGCGGCGUGGCGAUCAUGGUGCGAGAUGGCUUGCAGGCCGACGAGUCUGCGUACCCGUUGCCCUCGGCCUUGCGGCACCGCCUCAUCGGGGUGGAGAUCGCCGCCGCCUCGGGCCUUCGGAUCCUGGUGCUUGCUGGGUACUUUCAGCACUCUUUGGGCCCUCGAGGCACCAACCUGGACCUGUUCUCGGCCAUCUCGGAGGUGACGGGCUCUUCUGCCGACAUCCCGUGGGUCCUCCAAGCCGACUUCAACAUGGAGCCCGAGCCCCUGGAGGAGUUGGGGUGGCCCGCUUCGGUGCGGGGGCACGUCCUGGGGCCCUCGGAGGCGACGUGCCAUGCCGAGGGAUGCGACCACCUCUACGACUGGUUCGUGGCUUCCGCGGCGUUGGCAGCUUGCACGGCAUCCUGCGCCACCACGCUCGAGGGCUUCGGGCUGCACCCUCAUCGCCCUGUCCUGCUUCGUCUCCAGGACGUUCGGGCAGAUGCCUUGGUGGAGGUUCCGUCCAGGCCCGCACGCUUCCCCGAAGUUGCUCCUGAGCUCCUUCGGGCGCACGAGGACGCGGAGAUUGUGUGCUACUCGGUUGGCAAGAAAGGUCAGGUCACGCCUAGGUGCGCCGCGUGGUCCUGGGACACAGGCACUUCACCGACCAACCUCUCCGUCGCCUUCAGCGAGUGGGUGGCGGCUGCUGAAGGCACCCUGGUCGGCAUCCACGGCAUCGUCCAGGCAGACUUGGCCCGUCAUCUCGGCAGAGGAGAGGGGCCGCGGCUGUCCCUCAAGCCUCUCAGUGCCUUGGUCAGGCGUGAUGCCAGGUUCAGGUUCAGCCUCCUCACGCACCGCUUGAGGAGCUGCCUGGACGUGGCCCUCCAGCGGGUGCGCGCUGAGAGGACUGGCCGCUGGCACCCUCGGCAUGCUGACUGGUACAGGCACCAGGCCGAGCUCAGGGCGCAGCUCUUGCUAGAGGCGGUGCAGGAGGCUUCCGACUCGGUCGGUGGGGCCCCCCCUGGCGCAGCCCCUGAUCGACUAGGCGACAUGGUGUUUCAGGCGGGCGUCCACGGCAACCCUGAUGCCGUUCGGGACCUCCAAGGGCUGCUCGGUGCAUCGCAGCGCCGCGACGCGGCUCAGAGCGCCCAGGCCUGGCGCAACUGGGCACAGACAGCGGUCGAGAAGGGCGGUCGUCUGGCCCACCGCUUCUCGAAGGCGACGCCCCCGCCGACGGUCAGGGACGCUGACUCGGGCAGGAGGCUUGUUGGGAUGGCAGCGAUCGGCGAGCUCACGAGUGUCUGGCAGAAGCUGUGGCUCCAGGAUGGGUUUGCCCUGGGCGCAGGGGCCAGCAGCUGGGACGUUGGCGAGUGGCGGCUGCCACCCAUCUCGCUGGAGCAGCUCCAGGCGGCCUGCAAGCGCUACAGCCCCUCGGUGGGGCUCGGGUGCGACUCUCUGCACCCUAGGCAGAUCCUCCUGUUGCCCGUUGCACUGCAGCAGCGCAUCCUGGACAUCUUGGCGGCCUACGACGACGCCCCUGCAUCGAUCAGCGGGCAGGUCUCCCUGAUGGUGUUCAUCCCGAAGGCAGAUGGAGGGGUGAGGCCUAUUGCGUUGCUGCCGCUGGUCCUGCGGCUGUGGUCGCGCCUCCGCCAGCCGUGCUGUGCCCGCUGGGAGGCUGACCACGACUUCCCCUUUUUCUGGGGACGUGACGGGCGGGACUGCGAGCGGGCUGGGUGGUUGCACAACUGCUUUGCGGGGUUCGCGAAGGCGAACCAGCAGUUCGAGGCCGCGAGCCUCUUCCUGGACAUCAGCAAGUUCUACGAGCACGUGCGUCACGACGUUCUCUGGGCGAAUGCAGUACGUUUCGGGUUCAACCUCAGGCUGUCGCGCGGCCUCCUCACCUCCUACCAGGCCCCUAGGAUGAUCCUCGCGGCGGGCAUGGCUUCCCCCGCCUUCAGCACUACGGGUACGGUUUUGGCUGGGUGUGCGUGUGCGACAGCAGUUGCGAAGCUCCCAGUGCUGGGCGCCCUCCUGGCCGCGGGGGCGACGUGCCCGUUGGUCACGCCGAGGAAUGUGGUCGACGACAUCUCUCUCCAGGCGGUCGGCACGGCCCGACUCGUUAAGCAGCAGAUGUUGGUCUCCAGCUGUGAAGUGGUCCGCCUGCUGCGUGAACAGCACCUCCCACUCAACGAGAGUAAGUCGGUCUUCCUGGCCUCGUCGCCGCAGCUCGCCAAGGAGCUCUCCGAGGCGUGGGCAGCGCAGGGCUUGGCCUUCAAGAGGGGACUGCAGGCGAGGAACCUCGGCACAGACGCCAACAUCACCCGUCGAGGAGUGCACGAAGGUGCGGUGCGUGCGGUCGGCGGCCUUCGGCGUGGACGCAGGCUCGGGGUGCUUCGCUCAGCUGGUGCGGCGACCGAGAUGGUCCACCGUGCUGGGCCCACCGCGGCGAUGCUGUGGGGGCGUACGGUGACUGGUGUACCUGAUAGGGAGCUUCAUUCGUGGCGCUUGGCGGCUGUGCGCUCGGCUGGGAGGUUCCCCAAGGGCGCCUCACUCGGGCUGGGGCUCAGAGCUGUGGAGGUCAUGCGGUCCAUCGACCUCGACCCGAGCCCCGCGCUGCUUCGAGCCGCUGUGCAGAUGGCGGCCAGCCUCCUUCAGUCGGGGGAGGUCUCCCAGCGCAUGUUCGAGACGGCCGUGCAGGAGGCGGAGCAGAGGCACGCGGGAGCAGCAGCCCCAUGGGCGCACUGCCGUACGCCAGUGGAUGCCUUGGCCCUCUCGCUCACCAGGGUGGGCUGGAGGCUCGUCCAAGGCACCUGCCUCGCCACCGACGACGGCCACAUCCUGGACCUGCGCAUGAUGGGGCCGCGCGAGCUGGGCCUGCUGGCAGCGGCAGGGGCGCGGCGUGCUUCGGACAGGUCGGAGCUGGCCCGCCUCGGCCACGGUGCACUCCCCCCGUCGCCCUUGUUCUGGGAGGCCUUCUCCGAGGUCCUCGGGCCUGGCAGCAAGCUCAGCCCCAGGGAGAAGGCGGCGGUGAUGAGUUUCCUUUCCAACGCCCACUGGCCCCAGACCCGUCUGCACUCGGCGGGGGAGAGGGUGCAUGCCCGCUGCUGCGCUUGCGAUGCACCCCGCGGCAGCCUCUGGCACAGGCUGUUCGAGUGUCCCGUCCUCGCGGGGCCGAGGCGCGACUCUACCUCCGACCGCCUUCGGUCGGAUGCCAUGGCGGUCAUGUGGCGCAAUCGCCCCGCCGACGGUCUCCUCGGGGGGCGCCUCUACCUGGAUGGGUCGGCGCUCGACCCCGAGCACGAGAGCCUACGGCGUGCGGGUUGGAGCAUCGUGCAGUGCGACUCCGACGGCAACAUGGAGUGCGCGGUGUACGGCAGCGUGCGCCAAGACCUCUGCCCGUUCCAGACGGCCAAGGACGGCGAGGAUUUCGCGGUCUGGAUGCUGUCCCGCUUCCUGGGCCCGAGUGUGGACGAGAUCCUCAUCGAUUGUGCGUCUACGGUCAGCUGCCUCACGUUGGGCAAGAAGUACGCGACGGCAGCCAACAAGCCCAAUGCUCACCUCUGGGAGGGGAUCUACGCUUCGCUGGACGUGGACAUGCUCAAGGUUACCAAAGUGGCAGCCCACUGCACCGCCAGGGACGUGAUGGAUGGCAGGAUCACGGAGGCGGACCUCCGCGGCAACGGUCAUGCUGACCGCUGGGCCAAGGCAGGUGCGGAGCUGCACCGCACCAGCCCCGUGGCCAGGCGCGAGUUCUUCGGCACGAUGGAGGUGGUGAGGGAGCUCGCAUGCUGGGUGGUGCAGGGCGGACGUAGAAUGGAAGGGGACCGGAAGUCCGAAGGUGUCGAGGUUGUACUCGCUUUGCGUGCGCAACCAGUUCCCUGGUCCACGGACCAGUUUGCGCAGCAUGUGACGCUCUGUGGCAAGCAGGCCGCUUGUAGGCUUGAGACCAGGGAGACCCGUGGCAGACUCAGGAGUGCCCUCGACGUCCUGCGCGAGAGGGACCACACCCAGAAGGGCGUAUUCGCCUGCCGCCUCGAUAUCAACCCGCGCGUGGAUUUCUUCCCCGGGACCCUCCUCGCCGACGGCGCCCGCGAGGCGGACCUGGUGCGGUCCGCCCCGGCGCUGAAGUCCUACGACCGCGACCCGGGGCUGCUGCUCUGGACGCGGUGGUACGACAAGACGAAGAUGGCGUACGAGGCGGUGCCGCGCGAGAGGGGCUGGGACGCCGUCCUGGACUGGACCGCCACGGUGCUCCGCACCGCCUCCGUGCAGCACUUCUUCUCCGCGCUGCUGCCGCCGCCCGCGGACCUGGCCGAGCUGGACCGCCAGGCCGCGGACUGGCUCAGCCGGCGCCAGCGGAUGAAGGUCAGCGAGAUUGCGCAGUGCACUGCGUGCUACAGAGACCCGGUGCUGGUCAGCAUCGACCCCUCAGAGUUCGGCACGCCGGAGGCGGCGGACGGUCUGCUGAGGGCGCACCUGCUGGCGAGCUGCGGCGGCACAGGCAAGCUGGAGCCGUUCGGGCGGCGCCUCGGAUGGGAGGCGCGGGAGGUCGAGGAGUAUUUCCGGGGCGUGAAGCCGCAGCUGCCCGACGGCGCCGCGCGGGCAGUGCGGGGCCUGCUGGAGCCGGAGCUCUUCCGGCCGCACUACUUCAGCUCGGUGCGGGUUCCGGCGGUCCCGCCUGCGUGCGCUCUGCCGAAGGCUGUCGGCCGAUCCGCACCGCUAGUCUCCUGGCUGGUGCCCGCGCGCAACGCGGAGCACUUCCUGAUGGACUGCCUCUCGUCCAUUGAGAAACAGAGCGGCAUCGACGCGGGCUGCUGGGAGGUGAUUGUCGUUGAGGAUGCGUCCGAGGACGGGACCCUGGCAGUGGCGCGCAAGUUUGCCGAAGGUCGGCCGCACGUUAAGGUGAUCGACAAUCCAAAGCAGAUGGGUGUCGGGGGCGCCCUUUGCGAGGGCUGGCCUCACUGCCAGGGCGACUUCGUGGCACGGCUAGAUGCCGACGAUCUGGCGGCGCCAGAGCGCCUACUCAAGCAGCUGAGAUACCUCGAGCAGCACAAGACCAUCUCCGUACUCGGGGGCCGAGUGCUCCCGUUCUGGACCGAGACGCGCAAGUGCACCGUCGAGAAGUGCGGAGACAAGUCGGCCGGGCGCGUCGCGGUGGUGGCCUGGCGGGAGUUCCACGGCAACCAGACAUCCCGGCGGCGCGAGACAUUCACCCUCGUCAGAGUCGGCGACGACAUUGUCCUGGAGGAUGCCCCGGCCGAGUACGACGGUUGCAAAGUCGUGAGGAUUGGCGACGAGUCUUUGGUGCUCAACCCAGACAAGUGGCGCGAGGCCCUCAAGUCGGCGCAGGGCCACAGGGGGGACGUCACCUUGCAGAGGCGAGACCCCGCGGAGCAGGAGAGGGGCAGCCGGUUCCUUCACCCGACGCUCAUCAGAGCAAUGGGCAUUUUCGAGGAGUGCCUCUUGGGCACCACGGCCACGUUCCGCCGGGAGCACUUCCCGAGGGACGACGGCCCAUUCUGGAGGGAGGAGUCGGACCAGUGGUGCUGGUCCAGCCUGGAGCCGCACCAGCCCGCCUCGAAUCUGGCAGACACCGUCGUGCACCAGCGCCGCCACGACGGGAACCGGGAGCAGGUGCACGCCAGGGCCAUUUCCGAGUCCGCGCUGGCCGCAGUGCAGUGCCACUUGACGUCCGCGUACGGCGUGGACGUGGACCUCCACGACGCAGCGGCCUUGCGCCACUUCUCGGGGCCGCGGAGCGCCGACCAGGGGCAGAAGCUGGCAGAGGUGCUGCAGCAGGUCGAGCGGUGCCUCGUGGCCGAGUGCAUCCGCCCGAGAUGCCGCGGAGGGCCGCGGCGAGUUCUGGAGGGACUUCGUCGAGGGCCGGGAGGAGGCGCUGGAGCGAGCGGUCGCGUCCGCACGGGCCCAGUUCCAGGCGGUCGUCAACCAGAGGGCCGAGGUCGUCACCAGGGCCGACGACGACUCGCCGCGGGGCAAGAGGUCGCGCACGCCGCCGCGCUGAGCGCGGGCGGCGGGCCGCCGCCUCUCCCGCACCUGCGCGCUGCGCCUUCCCUCGGGGGGGCGUUGGGCGUCGUCGUCGUUCGAGGUUCUGUGGAGGACGCCCCCUCACGCGGCAGUGGUCCUCCUCUCGCUCAUUCUCCUCCUCCUUUCUUACUAACGCCUUUCAGUCCUUCGCAGGUCGCCUUUCCUCAAGCGUACGGGGCGCUGCCUUUGCAAUAA